UGCAUCGGCAGGCGGACUCUCAACCACUGUGCCACCAGGGAAGCCCAGGGACUCAUAUUUUUAUUCCCUACACUUUAUACUGUUUUAAAGCCACACCGUUCUGUACAAGUCUUUGUGUGGCCAUUGCAUUUCACGGGGCAGACUCCAACCAUUGCACCAUGCCUGUUGUUUUUCUCUCCAGAUCCAUUGAUGAGAUGAAACGGUUGGAGGAAAUGUCAAGUACGUUUCAGAGCUCGGGAGUUGACCACCACCCUCCAGAACCAAAAUCCCAAACAGAAAGGGACGAAGAUUCAGGAGGCAAAGAGCAACCGUGGGAAAUGGUGAUGGAUAAGAAACACUUCAAGCUGUGGCGGCGCCCCAUUACAGGCACCCCCCUUUACCAGUACAGAGUUUUUGGAACCUACACAGAUGUGACACCUCGGCAGUUCUUCAAUGUUCAGCUGGAUACAGAGUAUAGAAAAAAGUGGGACGCCCUGGUGAUCAAGCUGGAAGUGAUCGAGAGGGAUGUGGUUAGUGGUUCUGAGGUUCUUCACUGGGUAACCCAUUUUCCUUAUCCAAUGUACUCACGGGAUUAUGUUUAUGUUCGGCGGUAUAGUGUGGAUGAGGAAAACAACGUGAUGGUGUUGGUGUCACGGGCCGUGGAGCACCCUAGUGUGCCAGAGUCUCCGGAAUUUGUGAGGGUCAGAUCAUAUGAAUCCCAGAUGGUUAUCCGUCCCCACAAGUCAUUUGACGAGAAUGGCUUUGACUACUUGCUGACGUACAGUGACAAUCCCCAGACAGUGUUUCCUCGCUACUGCGUUAGUUGGAUGGUUUCCAGUGGCAUGCCAGAUUUCCUGGAAAAGCUGCACAUGGCCACUCUGAAAGCCAAGAACAUGGAGAUCAAAGUAAAGGACUAUAUCUCGUCUAAGCCUCUGGAAGUGGGUAGUGAAGCCAAGGCCACCGCCCCAUCUUCUGAGCGGAAGAGCGAGGGUAGCUGUGGCCCUGCCCGGAUUGAGUACGCCUGAAGGACUUUCAGAUAAGCGGGGACAGGCUGCUUCUAGCCCCGUCUCCGUGUCUUAUCACUCACUCUGUUGCAGAACAAACAGGACGUGUAUUUGAAGGUCCAGUAUUUGAACCACCAGUGCAGGAUAAUUCAGUACUGGUGUCCGGUCUUGUUCAGAGCCCUGCUGCUCUUUAUUACAACAGAAGAAGGCAUCCGAGGGGGCAUCGUCAUAUUCUCAGGCCAAGCAUUUGGAAAUUUGGUGUUUCGCUGAGCUAAUCUGGAACAAGCCUCUGCCCUCAGGCCAGAGGGGACAACAUCUUUUACUUCCUCUGCGCGGUUUCCUCUGUCCACAUUCCAUUCUCAGCCUCGGUUCUGCGGCACUCUGGGUUUCCUUCGGUUCUGAAGGUCCAGCUGGACCACCUGGACGGUUGCGUCUUCAGUGAGGGGUCGUGGGGCGUGCUCUUGGUCCCAGGCUGGUGUUGAGUGGGUGUGAACUGUUGCUUGGCAGUGUAAGUGCCUUGUCCUCACCUUCUCCUGUCUUUAGGGACAUAAAGUUUGUAUCAAGAAAUAUCAGUCUUGACCUCCCAUUCACACCCCAUUGACUCCCUCUACCCAGAGCAGUUUCCUUUGAGUUGACCAGUUCUUCUGUAUUUGUGUGCUGUAUUCAUCUGGGUCGUUGCCUCCUCCCGCAGGCCGUUUACCAAGAACACUGGGAGACGGUGGCUCUCUGUAUCAUCAGUGUUUUUGAUGGGGUCAGUGGAGAUGCUUGACACAUUACACUUUAGCUCUGUUUUUUUUUUUAACCUUUGUGUUAAACAGUGGGAAUUGGGGAGUUGAAUAGGAUUUUAUCAUAGGCUGACUGUAUAGAAAACACCAUUUUUUUUUUUUUUUUUUUUUUUUUU